CACAUUUCUCAUCAGUCUCGCACAAUACUACUCCAGAGAGAGAGAGAGAGUCAAUGGCGAUCCCAAUACCUACUCGCCAGCUCUUCAUCGACGGUGAAUGGAGAGAGCCUGUGAAGAAGAAACGUAUCCCCGUAAUCAAUCCCUCCACUGAGGAGAUCAUAGGGGAUAUUCCAGCUGCUACUGCGGAAGAUGUGGAUAUUGCAGUGGAUGCUGCUCGAAAAGCCCUUGCCCGGAAUAGAGGGAGAGAUUGGGCCUCGGCAUCUGGGGCACAUAGGGCCAAAUAUUUGCGUUCUAUUGCUGGACAGAUAACACUCAGAAAAGCUGAACUUGCAAAGCUAGAAGCAAUUGAUUGCGGAAAACCCCUAGACGAGGCUGCAUGGGAUAUAGAUGAUGUUGCUGCAUGUUUUGAGUACUAUGCAGACCUUGCUGAAGGCUUAGAUGCAAAGCAAAAGGCUCCUGUUUCUCUUCCAAUGGAGACAUUCAAGUGUCAUGUUUUAAAGGAACCAAUUGGGGUCGUUGGGCUGAUCACUCCAUGGAAUUAUCCUCUAUUGAUGGCUACAUGGAAAGUUGCUCCUGCCCUGGCUGCUGGGUGUGCUGCAAUCCUCAAGCCAUCUGAGUUGGCAUCGGUUACCUGUUUGGAGUUGGCUGAAGUGUGUAGGGAGGUGGGUCUUCCUCCAGGUGUCCUGAACAUUCUAACUGGAUUGGGCCCAGAAGCUGGUGCUCCUUUGUCAUCUCAUCCUCAUGUUGAUAAGAUUGCAUUUACUGGAAGUACUGCCACUGGGAGCAGGAUCAUGACUGCUGCAGCUCAAAUUGUCAAGCCAGUCACACUUGAGCUUGGUGGAAAGAGUCCCAUUCUUGUGUUUGAGGAUGUUGACCUUGAUAAGGCUGCUGAAUGGGCUAUGUUUGGUUGCUUUUGGACAAAUGGUCAGAUCUGCAGUGCAACCUCUCGACUUCUAGUGCAUGAAAGCAUUGCGAUAGAAUUUUUGGACAAGCUAGUGAAGUGGACCAAAAGCAUUAAAAUUGCAGACCCCAUGGAAGAAGGUUGCAGGCUUGGCCCAGUUGUUAGUGCAGGACAGUAUGAGAAGGUAAUGAAGUUCGUAUCGACAGCUAGGAGUGAAGGUGCAACCAUCUUGUGUGGUGGGGCUCGUCCUCAGCAUUUGAAAAAGGGAUACUUUGUUGAGCCAACCAUUAUAAGUGAUGUAACAACCUCCAUGCAAAUUUGGAGGGAGGAAGUAUUUGGACCUGUUCUCUGUGUUAAAACAUUUAGCACUGAAGAUGAAGCCAUUGAACUGGCAAACGACAGCCAUUAUGGGCUAGGUGCUGCGGUGAUAUCAAAAGAUUUGGGAAGGUGUGAGCGGGUGACGAAGGCUCUUGAGGCUGGCAUUGUCUGGGUCAACUGCUCACAGCCAUGCUUUUGUCAAGCUCCAUGGGGAGGCAACAAACGCAGUGGUUUUGGGCGUGAAUUGGGCGAAUGGGGACUCGAUAACUACUUGAGUGUGAAGCAGGUCACGCAGUACAUCUCUGAUGAACCGUGGGGGUGGUACCCAUCUCCUUCAAAGCCAAAGCUUUAAACGCUUCCUUCAGAAGCAGAAAGUGUUGGAAGUUCGCCAUUGUACCACAUUACUGGAAGAAAACAGGUCCAGAACCUCUGUAAGCUGUCGAGAACUCAAUCUAGAAGAAACUUUGAGAUUUUUACAAAUCGGCAAUGCUAGUUUGAUUCUUAUACAGUUGGUUAAUCCCAGGGUAAUGGAUCUACCAAGUAUAGGUGGACAGUAGAAAGUUUGAUCUUCCGCCAUGACACAAUAUGUUAUAUUUUUCUUUUGAGAGUUGAACUUUGUUUGAGUACUAAAAAUGGAAGAAUGUUAUGUGGCUCUUGAACCGGUUGAACUUGUUUCAUGGUGACUUAGGCUUAAUGGGAUCAAAAAACAGAAAUAAUCUCCCUAUAUGUAGGAGGAUAAAGAUCCAUACAUCUUACCCAUUUCAGACCCUGCAGUGUACAAUUUCUCUGUAUGUAGUAGCAGGAGUCUCUUGCAUGGAUUUGAGCUUUUUGUAUUUCC